AAUAGCUUCUGGUUCAGUUCCGAUGUUAUUUUUAUUGAAUUGAAUAUUUGAGAAUGUCUAUAUCUGGAGCCGCUGAUUCCCGCCCCCUCUGGAUCCGGAUCUCCCUCAUCGUCUGGAGCCUGAUCAUCUUCAAUGGAGAGAGGGAGAGCGGAGCCGGGGCUCACACCUAUAACCGGAUUGUCGGAUGUGAGUUUAACAGCACCGGGACCUGGACCUAUCAUGAUCAGUAUGUCUAUGAUCACGAGCUGAUCGUGUAUUUCGACUUUGCCCAGAAGAAGUUCAUCGCGGUGAAGGAUUGGAUGAAGAGUAAUGUGGACAGAUGGAAUCGAGAGAUCGCGGCAGCGACGUACCAGGCAGCGAUCGGCAUGUGUCAGAAUAACAUUGACAUUGAUGAGCGCGAAGUGCUGCCCCGGAGAGUCAAACCAAUAGUCACUGUCCAACCUAAAGUCUCACAUCAUUCUGGACAGUCGGCCCUGCUCUCAUGUCACAUCACUGGAUUUUACCCUCCUGAGAUUGAAGUCACAUGGCUGAAAAAUGGAGCAGAGAUUCCCAAUGGUGUUGUCAACACUGUGCUGUUAUCAGAUGGUGACUGGACCUAUCAGGUGCUGGAUCUCCUCCAAUAUCACCCAGUGUCUGGUGAUAAAUAUACCUGCCAUGUGAACCACAUCAGCCUGAGUGAGCCCAGCAGCACAGACUGGGAAGUACAGAGUACACCUGAAUCAGAGAAACUCAAGAUCAUUGUUGGAGCUCUGGGCUUUGGGAUUGGGUUGAUCAUUCUGCUGGCUGGAGUGAUAAUGAGACUGAAGAAUGCUAAAGCCAUCCUGGAUUCCAGCAAUCCUGGCCCACGUCUGAUGGGUCCAGCUGUCAGUUAACUGACCCAGUCCUGUGGAUGUGGCAGACAGGAUGAAACAGCUUCAAAAUCAUCUUUAACUCCUCCUGACUCAGUAUUUAAAGUGACCACAGCUUACUGUCUGCUUGACCUUGACUUUUGAUAGUUUACGAUUAACUUUGUGCUGUUAUGACAUUUUUACAUGCAACUUGUUUAUCAUGUUAAAUACAUGCUUAAAAACAGGGAUAUGAUCAGUGCACAGCUUACUGUCAACUGAAUCAUGGUGAGUAACUUCCCCAGCCCUCCAAAGAUAGGGAUCAGUGCUGGAUGUAGGUCUGAAUCUUUGUUUUAACAUUCCCUUGCCUGUUCAUUCAGCCUUGGCCUUGUUGUAAAUGUCUUAAUCUGCAUUUACUUGUCAAAUUUGCUAGAUUUUAUAUAUGUAAAUGUUUUUAUGCAGAUUGUGAGUUAAUGACUUUUUAAUCUUUGUCAUAGUGAAACCAUUUUGAUUAAAAACUAUUUGUACUUGG